GAGAUAACAGAAAGCGACUAUAUCUGUUACUGUGUACCAGGGUUUACUGGUAGAAAUUGUCAAGUUAAUAUUGAUGAAUGUACAGUCAAUCCUUGUCAACAAGACGGUCUAUGUAUUGAUGGAAUUAACAACUAUUUCUGUGCUUGUAUGAAAGGU